AUGAAUUCUUCCUUCUGGUCACAGAGAGAUGUUAACAGACCUGACUUACUCUGUGGGAGGUCAGCUGACUACCUUGUCAAAAAGGAACAUUUCCCCAUGCUUGUGUGUUCCACUAUUGUCUUGGGAGGGUUUUUGAGGAUAUGUUUAAAGAAUUCGGAAGUCAUUGUCUUGACAAUUCUUUCUCUAUCAGGAUUUGUGAUAGGACAACUGGCCUACCAUUUGGUUGAGGUGCACCAAAUUGUCUACCCUCUUCUAAGAACACCAAGCUUUUCACUUUUUUCUUAUUUUUUGCCUAUAAUUAUAUUUAUGGCUGCCUUGGAAGUGGACUUUUAUAUACUCAAGAAUAUAAUUUGGCAGGUCUUGCUAACUGGAUUAAUUAGCUUUUCUACAGCAUUCAUCAUAAUUGGAUAUGUGGUCCUGAAAUUCAAUGUAGAUUCGUGGGGUUUGCAGUCUUGCCUCCUGUUUAGCAUCAUCCUCGGCAUUACAGACCCUCUUUACUCUGUGAACUCCCUGAGAACUAUCGGGGUCUCUAAAAUGUAUACUGAUAUCAUUAGAGGAGAAUCACUGGUCAUUUGUGGUUUCACAGCCAUCUUUUUUGGAAUUUUUCGGAGCAGCCCAAUGCACAUUACUCUGUUUAGAGAGUUGCACGUAGUCAUGGGACUCGUCUUGGACAUCUUUGGAAGUAUAAUCUGUGGAUACUGGUGUGCACGAAUCAUCCAGUUCAUACUGACUGACCUUUUUAGCAAUACGCUGACUAACGUCAUUCUUUGCUUUUCAAUGGUGUACAUGACCUUCUUCGUUGUGGAAUUUUUCGGAAUGUCAGGCAUUGUUGCUUUAAUCACUGUUGGACUGAAUUUGGAUUCCUUAAGCUUUAAACCAAGGAUGGAGUUCAUAAUUACGAAGUUCUUAGUGAUGUUGUCAUCUGUGUACCAACAUUUAAUAUACACUUUCUUUGGCAUCGUGAUUGGAUGUGGAGAAACAAAAUAUUUUGGCUUUCACACUGUGGUUUUUAUGUCCAUCUUAUUUGCAACAGUAAACUUUGUAAGGUUGCUUACUGUUUUCCUAGUGAGCCCUAUUUUGAUGUACUGGAGUUAUGAGUACAACUGGCGAUGGGGAGUUGUUAUCACCUGGUCUGGAAUUAAAGGCGUUUUCAGCAUACUCCUGGCUCCCGAUGUUUAUAAUCUGGCUGAAAAGAAAGUGAAGGCACCACACAUGUUUGUAUUCUACGUACAAGUAAUAUCCUUAUUGACGAUGGGCAUAAAUUCAUACAUGAUGAGUCAGUGUGCCAGGACAUUAGGUCUGUGUGCUAUUUCCCUCCCGAGACAAAUGGCCAUGCAAAAUGCCUUUCAGCACAUACAGGAGAUCAUUCAGAACACAAUAACUUUGUUUAAAACAGAAAAAAUUUUGACAAGUGUUAACUGGGUCUUAGUAGAAGAAAAAACAAGGAUGGAAUACGUGACUCCCUCUUCCCAUGUUUCAAAAGAUGGAAAAGAGCAAGAGGAAUCCCCAACAGAUGAAGUUCUAAUAGAAGAAGCCAGGUUGCAUGUAGCCAUAAUACAAAUGAGUAGCUUUGAAAAACAGUGUAAUGAUGGGAUCCUUGGAACAGAGGCGGCCCGGAUAUUAAUUGGUGCAACGAAAAGCUAUUGUCCCAUCCAAGGAAAAUUCAUGAGUAUUUAUGAUGUUUCAACUUAUGUAAGAGCUAGAAGUUGGCUUAUGAAGUUUAAAAACAUGUUAACCUACUUGGAAUAUCAUAAAGAAAAGACACCAUAUCUUCUACCUGGGAGUAAUAAAUUUCUGAUUUUUGUAUAUCACAUUGUAUUUUCGGAAGAAUUUGAAUAUGCAGGACAUAUUGUAGCAUUAAUGUAUAUUUACCCUCUAAUAAUACAUCUGUGGCCAAUGGCAAGAGAGUUAAAUGUGCCUGCACUGAUGUCAUUAAACUACUAUUAUAUGUUUUUAUGUAUAUUAGAAUCAUCAUUGAAGAUAAUAAUUAUGAAAAGGAAAUAUUUUCAACAACAUUGGAAUAUUCUGGAAUUUCUCAUCAUAGUUGUUGGAAUUGCAGAUAUAAUUUGUAUAUACUUUGUCAGACUGAGACCAGACAAUUUGCUUCUUAUUCAGUUCACAGUAAUGAUAGGAUUUUUAAGAAUAAUUAGAUUUCUACCUAUCUUCAAGGUAAUAAUACCAAUACUGAUAAAGAUAGCAGAAGUGCAGGUCAAGAAGCGCCUCAGUCUGAUGUACAAUAUCACCAAAGGAUAUGUCAAAAGUCAGGAAGAUGCCAAACUUCUAGUAAGACAAAUUUCUGGCCGCGAAUCUAUAUACCAGAAAUUAUAUGAAAUUUUGGAAACCAACAAACGAGAUGCUGUGAAAGAACUAGGACUCAUAGAGCACGAGGGUCGUGAUGUUGUCAUUGCUCUGAAGACUAAGCAGGCAAUUCGGAAUGUGAUCGCUAAGGCUCUGAAGAAUCUCACCUUUCUUUGGUCAAGAGGCAUUAUCGAUAAACACGAGGGCAUUGAGAUGAAUAAGGUCCUUCUUACAAAAAUAAAAGCACUGAAUAACUUUCCAAUGGCAAUCCCACCCCCUACUCCUGACAAAUACCUUCCGAACAUCAUUUGGUUGGAAAAUAAAGAUGUUCUCAUUGAGUUCUUCAAGGAAAGAACCAAACUCGCGUAUUUUGACUACGGAGAUGUCAUCUGCAGGGAAGGUGAAAUGCCACAAGGAAUCUACUUAAUUAUUUCAGGAAUGGCAAGUCUGCACAGUUCGUCUCCUACCUUUGGAAUAGACAGUAGCCUGAGGCCCGAUAGGGAGUCCAAAACCCUGUUUACCGAGUACUGUACCAGUGGGGAUGUGCUGGGAGAGCUGAGCUGCCUGCUGAAGCGUGAGAUCGAAUACACUGCCAUCUGCGAAACGAUUCUACAGGCCUUUUUCAUCUCCCUGGAGGAUUUAUAUGAAGGCUUUGAUGUCUUCUGGCCGUCGCUGGAAUAUAAAAUAUGGCUAAAGCUUGCUCUUGAUACUGCCUGUCAGUAUUUUGAAUCAAGUCUGGUGGAUGAGGACUUGAAGUUUCAGAAGUGUGUGCUGCACAAUCAUGCCUAUGUGGAGACUUUAUCGAGCUACAAUGAACUGGCUAUCAAUAACGUGACCAUGAAAUUCGUUAUUAUUGUGUAUGGCAGUGUAAUCAAUACUAAGACAGAGGAGCCGUAUUUUGCACCGUACAUCAUACCAAAAACCUGUGAGCAGGUUCAGGGAACUUCAGAUUUAAGCAAAGUGCUGAUAAUCCUAGCGUCUGAUCCUGACAAAAAUGAAAAUGACUCCAAAUUCAGGGGUAAGGGGUAGCACUUGA